CAUGCCUCGGAUUCGCUGUCAGCCGAGUGACGUAAAAAUUCAAGCAAAUCAGCAGUCAGUUAGUUGAGUCCACCGCAGCCGAAGGGCUCCUUUAUAAAAGCACAACACCGGGGACUUGGAUCAUUUUAUUGUAAAGAACAGUAUUGUGUGUUUGAAAAUGUCUGGAAGAGGAAAGACCGGUGGUAAAACGCGCGCCAAGGCUAAGACUCGUUCUUCCCGAGCUGGUUUGCAGUUCCCGGUCGGCCGUGUUCAUAGGCUUUUGAGAAAAGGCAACUAUGCCGAGCGUGUGGGCGCCGGUGCUCCCGUUUAUUUAGCUGCUGUACUCGAGUACUUGACCGCUGAAAUUCUUGAGUUGGCUGGGAAUGCUGCCCGCGACAACAAGAAAACCAGAAUUAUUCCUCGCCACCUGCAGUUGGCUGUGCGUAACGACGAGGAGCUCAAUAAGUUGUUGGGUGGCGUGACCAUCGCUCAGGGUGGUGUGUUGCCUAACAUUCAGGCCGUCCUUCUGCCCAAGAAGACCGAGAAACCAGCUAAGAGCAAGUAAGCUACGGCGAUACGUUCAUCAACACCAACGGCUCUUUUCAGAGCCACC